UUUCAGAAGUUUUGGCAUUUUACCAGAGGAGAUCUGCGAAGACCAAUCCUUGCACGGUUUCCUACCAGAAUCGAAAACAUGGAAUGAAGACAGCCAUGGAGGUUGGCGAAUUGGAGAGGAAAGUAGAGCUAACCAAGGACCUAAAAUGAACCUUCCUAUCUGUUACAAACUAAUCAUUGCUCCUGUGGUGAGCUUCUUUGAGGGCCCUGAAAUCAUCAUUGUUCCUGAUCGCGCUUUAUACCAAAUUCCAUUUGCCGCCUUAACUGACGAAAGCGGAAAGUACUUAUCCGAGACUUUCAGGAUCCGUAUUGCUCCUUCUCUAACAACUCUUAAGCUCAUUAAUGAAAGUCCAGCAGACUAUCACUGUCAGACGGGUGCACUGAUAGUGGGAAAUCCUGAUGUUGGUGAGGUGCAUUUCAAAGGAAAACUGACAAACAUUUCUCGACUGCACUUUGCAGAAAACGAAGCGAGGAUGGUAGCAAAAAAGCUAGGAGUUGAACCUUUGUUAGGACGGCAAGCAACAAAGCAGGCAGUACUUCAAGCAAUGAAUUCAGUGGCCCUGAUUCAUAUCGGCGCACACGGUGAUGCUGAAAGAGGAGCAAUUGCCCUUGCACCAUCUUUUCGUAUUCCUAACGGAAUACCUCAAGAAGGACUCUACUUAUUGACAAUGUCUGACAUUUCAAAGAUUCAACUGCGAGCUAAACUGGUAGUCCUUAGCUGUUGCCACAGUGCUCGCGGGCAGACAAAGGCCGAGGGAGCUGUCGGAACUGCCCGAGCAUUCUUAGGAUCUGGCGCACGCUCAGUGCUGGUAUCUCUGUGGGCCCUGGAUGACAAAGCAACAGAGCAGUUAAUGACUCAUUUCUACGAUCACCUUGUCGCUGGGGAAAGUGCUGGUGAAUCUCUACACGAGGCCAUGAAGUGGAUGAGAAGUAAGGGAUAUGACGUGAACCAGUGGGCACCUUUUAUACUGAUUGGAGAUGACGUGACAUUUGAUUUUGGAGAGAAAGGUGUUGGCAAGAAUAACCAGGACAGCAGCGAGUGAUCGCAUGAGAAGUAAAUAUGCCAUGACCUCAACGGACAGUUUUACUGCUAGUGCUAACCUGUAUAUAAAUUAAAUUGACGUUUUAACUUUGAUAUUUUUCUGUCUAAAAAGAUGUCCCGGAAGACAUAUGCAGAACAAAACUUUUGAGUUUUAUUUCACGUUAUGUAUUCACCUUUUUUAGGAUGAAGCGUUGUUUCCCUAGCAAAGUACACAAUGGUUUUUGUAGAACAGUUGGUUACAAGUUAUUUUGCCGCUGCGUGUUGGACUCAAAUAACUGCUUAAACCUCAAGAAUUGAACAAGCUUAGUACGUAAGGUAACUUUUAGUAUAGGAAUGUAAGAUGAUGAUUUCAAUUGUUUGGAUCUUCGCUGCGAGGAAAAAUAGGCAGUGUAAUACCAAUUGAAACUGAGGCUCAGCUGACAAACCUAGUGUUUUACCAGCGAAAUUCGUUGUUCAAUUUGUAAAAAUAAUGUACCUGAAAAAACAUUGAGCGUGAGACUUUGUAGCAAUUGUUAAGUUAACUUGAAGAAAGGAAUUUAAAAUAAAGUUAAUUAGCUUCAGAAAUGACAUGCAUUUCCUUAUUUGCCGAAAUUCUAUUUCUGAACAUCUUGGUUUUGUUAGUAUUUUCAUAAAUCAGACCUUGUUUACAAGACAAAAGAGCUUUACGAUUUGAAGUUUUGCCAAUCCGUUGUGAAUCGAUUGAAUAAUAUAGAAAAUGAAAAGAGUAUAGAAAGUAAACUGAAUCUUUGUUGAACACAAAGGCCAAUGGAAGUCUAAAUUUAAGUUGCUGUUUACUAGUAAGGUCUACAGUAGCUUUGUAAAUAGUGUAACGAAAAACGCUGACCUGUUGGUUAAAGUUUUUUAAGGUAAUUAAGAGUUUAGAACAGAGUGACGUCAGAAAUUGUUCGCAUGACAUUUAUCACAUUUAUCGUAAACGUUGUACUGUUGCCAAACAGGAAGAACUUUUUUCAUGCUUUAAGCAUGUACUCCUUAGGUUAAGUUGACGAGGCCUAUUGUUUAUUUUUAAAUUUUUCAUCUAGAGGAAUAAAUUAAACUGUAAGCAACAUAAAUCUCAGCUGGACUCCGUUUCUGCAGGCUA